AUGUCGAACAAGCAGAUCAUCCUCCACGAGCGUCCUACAGAUGCCAUCGAUCCAUCCCUCACAUCCGGCACCUUUCGACUCCGCACCGUCCCCCGACCCGACAAUGUUCCCGCCGACAAGGUGCUCGUGCGAGUGCACUACCUUUCGCUCGAUCCGGCGAUGCGUCAGUGGCUCUCUGCCAGUCGUUCAUAUAUAGCACCUGUGAAGAUCGGCGCUGUCAUGCGUGGCGUGAGCAUGUCUCGAGUGGUUGCUGUAGGCAAGGACCUUGCUUCCAAGUUCCAAGUCGGUGACUGGGUUUCUGCCUACACCGGCUGGCAGGAGUAUGCUGUGCUGGGAAAGGACGAUGUAGAGAAGAUUGCCAUCCCGGUGGGUGGCCGACCUACCGACGUGCUCUCCGUCCUUGGCUUGACGGGAUUGACGGCAUACUUCGGGAUGAUUGAAAUCGGACAGCCUCGUCCCGGAGACACUGUCGUGGUGUCUGGAGCCGCCGGGGCUACUGGUAUGGUGGCCGGACAGAUCGCUAAAAUCAAAGGGGCCAAGCGCGUUAUUGGUCUGGCUGGAACUCAGGAUAAGUGCGACUUUCUAGUCAAGGAGUUGGGUUUUGAUGUGGCUAUCAACUAUAAGUCCCCUAACUGGCGCAAGCAAUUGAAAGCGGCAACACCGGACUAUAUCAAUGUCUAUUUUGACAAUGUCGGCGGCGAAAUCCUCGAUGCUUGUCUGGCCCGGGCUGCUCCCUUCUCGCGCUUUGUUAUGUGUGGUGCUAUCAGUCAGUACAAUACCUCGAAGCCAAAGGGGCCAGCUAGCUAUAUGAAUGUGAUUUCGCAACGUGUCACUAUGAAAGGCUUUAUAGUUUUCGAUUUCGCCGAAAAGUAUGCAGCCGCUCGCGAGGAACUGUCGUCCUGGCUAGCCCAGGGCAAGCUUGCUCGCAAGGAUCACAUCCUCACUGGUGGACUGGAAUCGGCUCCCAAAGCGCUCGUGGAUCUAUACGCCGGCGCGAAUACCGGGAAGAUGAUGGUUGAAGUGGCUCCCGUCAACGAGACGGAACCACGGGCGAAACUAUAGACACGAUGCUGCUCUGUAGAAAAUUGUUGCCUAUACAGAUACCCAUGAUCGCCUUGUUC